GAAUCAUUACAGCAUGAUCAAUUUUGCACCUAUCCUACAAAUUCUUCAUUUCUGAGUUCGUCAGAGCUUCUUUCUCUCCUCUGUGUCUCACCCUUUUAACUCUUUUCUGUUUGAUUAGACAUUGAAAAGAUUUCCUUUGUGUCUUUCUGUAUGACUGUGGCCAUGGACAAAAGUCUCUUUCUCUGCAUGUCAGUUUGCAUGCUUUUUAAUUUUGUACUAAUUCAAGCAGCCCCUCGACAUGCUUUGGUUACUCAUCUUCCUGGUUUUAAUGGCACCUUCCCCUCCAAGCAUUAUUCAGGGUAUGUGAAUGUGACUGUAAAUGUAAACUCUAGAAAGAACCUUUUCUAUUACUUUGUUGAAUCAGAAAGAGAUGCAACGAAGGAUCCAGUUGUCUUAUGGCUCAAUGGGGGACCUGGAUGCUCUAGCCUUGAUGGCUUCGUCUAUGAACAUGGGCCAUUUGAUUUUGAAGCAGGAAACCAAGAAGGAGACUUGCCCACGUUGCAUCUCAAUCAAUAUAGCUGGUCCAAAGUUGCAAGUGUAAUUUAUCUUGAUUCACCUGCUGGAGUUGGUUUCUCUUUCGCACAGAACACUAGCUUGUAUAGAACUGGAGACAGAAAAACUGCUUCUGAUACUCACAGAUUUCUUCGCCAGUGGUUCCUGCAAUUUCCAGAGUUUGUUUCAAAUCCAUUUUAUAUUGCUGGCGAGUCGUAUGCUGGAGUUUAUGUGCCAACUCUUGCUGCUGAAAUCGUGAGAGGAAUUAAACUUGGUGUCAGACCUGUCAUAAAUUUUAAGGGUUAUCUGAUAGGAAAUCCAGUGACAGACUACAUUUUUGAUGGCAAUGCUCUUGUUCCAUUCGCUCACGGCAUGGGCCUAGUUUCAGAUGAUAUCUAUCAGGAAGCAGUAGCUGCUUGUAAUGGAACUUACUAUGACGCUAAAACUAAAGAAUGCGGUACUGCACUUGACAAAGUUAACAAUGCUGUUGAUCAGCUAAAUAUUUAUGAUAUUCUCGAGCCCUGCUACCAUGGCAAUGGCUUAUUUGGAAAUGAAAGACUUCCAGAUAGUUUCAGGACUCUAGGGAAGCAGAUAAGGUCUCUUCCUGUCAGGAAAAGGAUUUUUGGGCGUGCUUGGCCUUUUAGGGCACCAGUAUUACAGGGACUUGUUCUUUCAUGGCCUCAACUUCUUAGUAACAUGAAAAUCAAAGUUCCAUGCGUAAAUGAUGAAAUUGCAACCGCAUGGCUAAACAAUGAAGAAGUGAGGAAAGCAAUCCAUGCUGGCUCGGACUCUGAAAUAGGGCGCUGGGAAUUAUGCACAGGUAAACUGCAAUACUGGCAUGAUGCUGGAAGUAUGCUUCAAUACCACAAAAACAUAACCUCUGAGGGAUAUCGAGCACUCAUCUACAGUGGCGAUCAUGAUAUGUGUGUACCAUUCACUGGAACUCAAGCAUGGACAAGAUCACUUCACUAUAAGAUUGUGGACGAGUGGAGGCCUUGGAUGUCCUCUGUUGGUCAAUUGGCUGGGUAUUUACAAGGAUAUGAAAAGAACCUCACUUUUCUAACUAUCAAGGGAGCUGGGCACACCGUUCCUGAGUACAAACCGCGAGAGGCAUUGGACUUCUUUAGCCGGUGGCUGGACGGGACACCCAUUUGAUUGACGUCAAGGAAGCUUUUCAGAUGAUAAAAUUCGCUUAUUUCAUCUCAUAUUAUUACAACAACAGCAACAACAAAAGAAGAAUAAAAAACACAGUUAAUGUUAUAGAGUUUUUAAGGAAGUUAUCGUCAUCAUCAUCAUCAUUUAUUUUGUUGUGCUCAUUGGCACAGUAAGAAUGAAACCAUUAUGAGGAGCCAUAAAGAAACAAUAUUGAGACAA